AUGGCACAGCCCGUGAAGCCAGCAAAGAAGCGCGUGGGCAUGCUGCAGGCCGUCCCCGUAGUGGCGCCGCCCGACGAGCAGCUCCGGUCCGCCGUCAAGCGCGCGGGCCGCGUUGCGCCGAGCGCGGCGAUCAAGAACGAGGCCGAGAAGGAGCGCAACAGGGCGGCGCGGCAGCUGGACACCCUGAUGAAGGAGCUUUCGGUCCCACUGACGAGGUACCUGUCCGCCUUCCCCAAGGCCGCGGCGCUGCACCCCUUUGAGGCUGCGCUGCUGGACCUCACUGUGGGCCGCGGCACCUACCAGUCCGUCCUGGGCAAGGUGCGCCUCUCUGUUGUGGCCGCGCACGGCGCCGCGGCCGCGUCGGCGCGGAGACGCAGGGCCGCGGCUGCGCUGCGGUUGCGCGCGGGGUUGAGGGCGGGGCGCGGGGUGGACUCCCUGCGCAAGGCGGUGCAGGAGGUGGGCAAGGCCUACGCCAACAAAGCGGCCAAAGCCGGCAGCAAGAGGGAGGCGGCGGCAGCCGCGGAGGAGGGGGCCGAGAUGAUGCAGAAGGUGUUUUCAAGGGGCGCGCGGUACGUGGAAGACCUCAAGCGCGUCAGCAAGCAGCUGCGGUCGCUGCCCUAUGUGGAGCCGCAGCUGCCGACGCUCGCGCUGGUGGGGGCGCCCAACGUGGGCAAGAGCAGUCUCGUGCAGGUGCUGUCUUCGGGGACGCCAGAGGUCUGUGACUACCCUUUCACCACCCGGUCCAUCAAGAUGGGCCACUUCUGGGUCGACACGCGCCAGCACCAGGUGUUUGACCGGCUUUGA